ACAAACUUAAUCACCAAAACAUUUUACACCUACACAGACACCAAAGUAUCAUCUCACAAAAGCUGCAUAUGUAGUGUAAUUCUAAUCCUUCAUGCUGAGAGAGUCGUUUCUUAGAGUAAUUGUAAUCCUUCAUGAUGAUUAUCUAAACUGAACAACCUAUAUCACUUGUAUGAGUAGUUUCUGUCUCACAGUCAACUCUUCGAUCACCUUCUCUAUACAGAAAGUUGAAGAUCAGAAGUGUCCUAUUUAUAUUCUAAAGUCACCAAAACGAAUUAGAAAACACAACAAAUUUAAGGGUUUUAAUCAAUUAAAAUGAAAAUUGUAUAUCCUACCACCUGAAAUUACAAUAAUUAAUUUAUAACUGCCUCGACCCAUAAAAGCCAAAAAAGGAAACUUUUAACAAAACAGAAAGAAAAAAAGGGAAAGUGAUCGAUGACGACGCGCUUAUAUUAGUUAUAUAUAUCUCACUUAGCUUCACAAGUCAUUCUUUAAAAAAAAGUUAUCUCUUUCUUCUCUGUUUUCAGAACAUGAUUCGUCCCCGUGAGGAGCUGAGCGACUUCAAACAUGAGAGACGUUCAGGAAGCUACGUAAACUCGAUCAUCAUCGUCGUCGACACAAUAUCUGAUGAGAUUCAAGUUUCUCCAAGCGUUCGCGUAGAUAUAAGUCUCCCUAGUUUCUUAGGUCGUCACCACAUCCGAAGGCUCGUCCAAGAUCAACUCAUCAACCGCCGUUGGUUAUCCCCGAAAAUCUCAAGGACUGCAACCAAGUUAGGGUUUAGCCGCAGAGAGGUUCUCCAAGAUCAAUUCGCUAGCCACCGUUGGUUGUCUGAUAAAUUAGCCCCAGGGAUCUCAGAGAUUGCAGCAAGGUUAGGUUUUGGUUGUAACGGUUUAAUUGUGACCAUCACUGUCAAGAUAACCCCUUCUCCAUCGAAGGAAGAAGUGUUAACAAGGAUGGUUCAACUAGGGAAGAUAAGCAAAGAGGAGUUAAAGAGUUCUAAGAUGGAAACAGAACCGUGUUCUAUUUGUCUGGAUAAUCUUGUCUCCGGUAAACAUGUUGUCUCUACACGCAUGACCUGUUCCCAUGUCUUCCAUGAAAAAUGUCGAUUGGUGUGGUUUCAACGCAAAAACACUUGCCCCUUGUGUCGGACUGUGCUGUACGAUCGAUUGAUGAUUGGGAACAAAGGGAGUAGAAAUUAGGGGUUCAUCUAUUGAUUCAAAACUUGGGUGACACGGUUUAUAUAUUGUUACAUGUUUUAAUUUCCGUAACUGAUUUGUAAUUUUUGUGUUUUGAAUCAGUUCAAGAUGUUUAAAUUUUGAAUAACAUCAUUACUUCGUAUUACAUAAAUCUCCAGUCAUUCACAAUUCAAUGGUUUUAUGUUAACAUACAACUCUUAAAGUCUUAAUACAAAAUAGUUUUAAUCGACGCCCAAAGGAACUCGCCUUUCUUUUUCUGUAAAUCAACUUAAUCACCAAAAAAUUGACAUCUGCAUGCAUACUAUAGGAACUUCCACAAAGCUCUGUUGUGUGCUAUGUUGUACUAAUCAUGUCUUCCAUGAUGGUUCUAAAUGUUGG